AUGAACUGGCGCUCCCUCCUAACAGCGGCAGUGCUGUUUAUCUUUCUGGUGAUAGUGGAAGUUAAUUGUGAAUUUCGAAUACAGGUGAGAGAUUACAACACUCAAAAUGGCACUGUCAAGUGGCAUUCAAUCAGAAGGCAGAAGCGAGAGUGGAUCAAGUUCGCAGCAGCCUGUCGAGAAGGCGAGGACAACUCAAAGAGAAACCCAAUUGCCAAAAUUCACUCGGACUGUGCUGCAAACCAGCAAGUAACAUACCGCAUCUCUGGAGUAGGAAUUGAUCAGCCACCUUACGGAAUCUUCAUUAUUAAUCAAAAAACCGGUGAAAUUAACAUAACAUCCAUAGUUGAUCGAGAAGUCACUCCUUUCUUCAUUAUCUAUUGCCGGGCUCUAAAUUCACAAGGUCAGGAUUUGGAGCGGCCUCUUGAGCUCAGAGUAAGAGUUUUGGAUAUAAAUGACAACCCUCCAGUGUUUUCAAUGACUACAUUUAUAGGACAAGUAGAAGAAAAUUCUAAUGCAAAUACCUUGGUGAUGAGACUCAAUGCUACUGAUGCUGAUGAACCAAACAAUUUGAAUUCAAAAAUAGCCUUCAAGAUCAUAAGUCAGCAACCUUCUGAUUCACCAAUGUUUAUCAUCAACAGAUACACGGGAGAAAUUCGAACAAUGAAUAAUUUUCUAGACAGAGAGCAAUACAGCCAGUAUUCUCUUACUGUGAGAGGUUCCGACAGAGACGGCGGGGCAGACGGCAUGUCAGCGGAGACUGAGUGCAGCAUUAAAAUCCUGGACGUCAAUGACAACAUCCCCUACAUGGAACAGUCUUCGUAUGCUAUCAAGAUUGAAGAAAAUGCUCUAUAUUCAGAUUUGCUGCAGAUUAGAGUAAUUGAUUUGGAUGAAGAGUACACAGCUAAUUGGGUGGCAGUCAUUUUCUUUAUCUCUGGAAAUGAAGGAAAUUGGUUUGACAUAGAAAUGAAUGAAAGAACAAAUGUGGGAACUCUAAAAGUUAUUAAGCCCCUGGAUUAUGAAGCCAUGAAGAAUCUGCAGCUUAGUCUUGGAGUUAGAAAUAAAGCUGAAUUUCACCAGUCGAUUCAGUCUCAAUAUAAAAUCAUUGCUACUGCGGUCUCCGUGACUAUCUUGAAUGUAGUUGAAGGCCCCGUGUUCCGCCCAGGUUCAAAGACAUACGUGGUAACCAGUAACAUGGGCUCAAACUACAAAGUGGGAGAAUUCGUGGCUACUGACCUAGACACAGGUUUACCUUCAACAAAUGUUAGAUAUGUAAUGGGAAAUAAUCCAGCCGACUUGCUGUCUGUUGACUCAAGAACAGGUGUCAUCACUUUGAGAAACAGAGUUACAAUGGAACAAUAUCAAAUGCUCAGGGAAAAAUAUCAAGGAACAAUUUUAUCUAUAGAUGAUUCACUUCAAAGAACUUGUACUGGUACAGUUAUCAUCAACCUUGAUGGGUCUGGCUGGGAAACCAAGGAAACUAACCCAGGUGGAGGAACAAGUGGAGGAACAAGCGGAGGAACAAGUGGAGGAACAAGUACUGGCACCGAAACAAGUGAGGAAACCAGCACCAAUAAUGAAAGUAAUCAAAGUGGCAGCAGUGGAACACAAACUGGCACCACUGACAACACUUCCAACAAUGGAGAGACUAAUACCAACCCAAAUAGCGGUGCUGGUGGAACAGAUAACUACCAAGGUGGAGCAGAUAACGUACAUUUUGGUCCUGCUGGCAUUGGAUUGCUCGUCAUGGGAUUCUUGAUCUUAGGAUUGGUUCCAUUUUUGUUGCUCUGUUGUGACUGUGGAGGUACCUCAGGUGGUGGAGCUGGCUUUGAGCCCGUUCCUGAAUGUUCAGAUGGAGCAAUUCAUGCAUGGGCAGUGGAAGGACCCCAGCCUCAACCCACUGACUUGGGCACUAUCUGUGUACCACAAAUACCACCCGAUAAUGCAAAUAUAAUAGAAUGCAUUGACAAUUCAGGGGUUUAUACAAAUGACAUCGGUGGCAGGGAAAUGCAUGAUCUGGGAGGAGGAGAAAGAACAGCAGGAUGGGAACCCAUUGAUGGAGUUAGAUCAUCAGGAGCAGCUGACAUAAGUCAAGAAUAUCCUGGAACAUUAAGAGGGCCCGUGAGGGAAUGCCGAGAAGGAGGUCUGAAUAUGAACUUUAUGGAAAGUUACUUUUGUCAGAAAGCAUAUGCCUACGCAGAUGAAGAUGAGGGACGGCCAUCCAAUGAUUGUUUGCUCAUCUAUGACAUUGAAGGUGUAGGUUCCCCCGCUGGCUCCGUGGGUUGCUGUAGCUUUAUUGGAGAAGACUUGGAUGACAGCUUCUUGGAUACACUGGGGCCUAAAUUUAAGAAGUUGGCCGACAUCAGCCUGGGAAGAGAAACGGAAUCCUACCCAGACCCUGAUCCUUCUUGGCCACCGCAGAGCACAGAACCGAUGUUCCCGCAGCAGGGGACAGAGCCCGUGGUCAAUGGCCAUCCACCAAUCUCCCCGCAUUUCGGCACUACCACAGUCAUCUCUGAGAGUACCUAUCCCUCAGGACCUGGUGUACAGCAUCCGAUGCCCAUUUCUGAUCCUUUAGGCUACGGGAAUGUCACUGUAACCGAGUCCUACACUUCCUCUGGCACUCUGAAACCCUCUGUGCACCUUCACGAUAACCGACAUGCAUCAAACGUGGUGGUAACCGAGAGAGUGGUCGGCCCAAUCUCUGGCGCUGAUUUGCAUGGAAUGUUAGAGAUGCCUGACUUGAGAGAGGGGUCAAACGUUAUAGUGACAGAAAGGGUUAUAGCACCAGGGUCAAGCCUCCCCACCUCUCUGACUAUCUCUAAUCCUAGAGAAUCUUCAAAUGUGGUAGUGACAGAAAGAGUCAUCCAGCCUACUUCUGGCAUGAUGGGGAGCCUAAGCAUGCAUCCUGAGUUAGCAAAUACUCACAAUGUGAUUGUGACAGAGAGAGUUGUUUCCGGGGCAGGUCUAAGUGGAAUUAGUGGCACCACUGGGAUGAGUGGAGGUGGUGGCAUAGGCAGCAGUGGCUUUGUUGCCUCCACAAUGGCAGCUGGUGGUGGGACCAUGGGUGGAGUUGGGAUAAAUGGUGGUGGUAUAGGGCUGAGCAGUAUUGGUGGGAGUGGGGGCCUGAGCAGCAGCAUGGGGGGAUCUGCCACCAUUGGUCACAUGAGGAGUUCUUCUGACCAUCACUUUAGCCAGACCCAUGGAUCUGCCUCCCCUAGCACAACUCGAAGUCGAAUAACCAAGUACAGUACAGUACAAUACACAAAGUAG